CCGCUCGUUUGGUCUUUGCCGCCAGAUCUCACCCGUGCUGGAUUGCUCUUGCUCUUGCCCUGCUCUGCUGCUCUGCUGCCUGGCACGCCCGGCCAUAGAUAGAUCGGUCUCGUAGAGCACUCCUCUCCAUCUGCAUCUGUGUGUACGCAUCCUACUCAACCAAUUCACUCCCCUCGCGAACACCCCAUCGCCCCUCCGCCCCAUCGCGACUGCAUUUCCCUCUCCUCUCCCUCCCCCGGCAUCCGCAUAGCAUCGCGCUAAAGUAGCAGAUCCACUUGAUCGCCGCCCUUCUCUUGCUCCACGCUAUUCUUGCAUCCUCGCAUCCUCGCAUCCUCGCCCGCAAUCAUGUCCAACGCGAACUCGCUCAACUUCAACUUUGCCGUCGGUAUCUUGAGCGGCAUCGCCAUCUCGGCGUCGGUCCAGUAUGUCGUGAGCGUCGCCCUCGGCGCCAAGUACGGCUCGACGGUCGGCAGCCGCAGCCUCUCGGUGGUCUCGGGCGGCGCCGGCACCAACAAGAGUGUCGAAGAGACCUUUGCCAAGCUCUCCAAAGAGUUCACCGUGCCGGCCUCGAAGCUGCAGGAGAUGGUCCGCCACUUUAUCUCGGAGGUGAAAAAGUCGCUGGUGACGGACGGGCAGUCGUCGCUGCUGAUGAUCCCGACCCACGUCGUCUCGCGGCCCACCGGCAAGGAGCUGGGCUCGUACCUGGCCCUCGACAUGGGCGGCACCAACUUUAGGGUCUGCGAGGUGACUCUCGAGGGCCGCGGCCGAGUCCGCAUGCGCCAGAAAAAGUAUACCAUCUCGGACUCGCUCAAGAACGGCCCGGGCAACGAGCUCUUUGACUUUUUCGCCGACGCCGUCGUCAAGUUCCUGCAGGAGGCCGAUGCCGACAUUUCCCACCACCGCAAGCUCGGCUUUACCUUUUCCUUUGCCGUCGACCAGACCUCGAUCAACCGCGGUACGCUGAUGCUCUGGACCAAGGGCUUUACCUGCCCCGGUGUCAUCGGCAACGAUGUUGUGCAGCUGCUCCAGGAGGCGUUCACCCGCAAGGCAAGUUUGGGUAACCUCAACAUCACUGUCAGCGCCCUCGUCAACGAUACGGCAGGCACCCUUGCUGCCCACGCCUACACCGAUCCCCAGACCCUGAUCGGCGUCAUCCUCGGCACUGGUACCAACGCCGCCUACGUUGAGAACGUCCACAACGUCAAAAAGUACAAGGGCCCCAUCAGCGAGACCUCGAAGGAGAUGAUCAUGAACACCGAGUGGGGCGGCUACGAUGAGGAGAGCGUGCUGCCGUUCACCAAGUACGACGUCAUGGUCGAUCGCCAGUCGGCCAACCCCAACAGCCAGCGUCUCGAGAAGAUGAUCUCGGGCAUGUACCUUGGCGAGGUGACUCGCCUGGUGAUCAUGGAGCUGAUCUCGACCGGCGAGCUGUUCUCGGGCCGCUCGUCGGCCCAGAUCCAGAAGCAGUACAGCUUUGAGACCGCCUUUAUGUCUCGUAUCGAGCGUGACCAUACCCUCGAGCUCUCGGACACCAAGGCCGUCAUCGAGGAUCUUUUGGGUGUCAAGCCCACCACUCUGGAUGACCGCCGCAUCGUCAAGCGCAUCUGCGAGCUGAUCGGCACUCGUUCGGCGCGGCUAUCUGCGGCUCUGAUUGCUGGUCUUGUCACCAAGAUCAACAAGCUCGACGGAUGCACUGUCGCCAUCGAUGGCUCUCUCUUUGAGCACUACCCGCACUACGCCAACCGCAUGCGUGACACUCUGCGUGAGCUCCUCGGUCUCACCGCCGAGAACAUCAUCCUCGACCAAGCCCGUGAUGGUUCUGGCCAAGGUGCUGCACUCAUCGCCGCUCUCCACGGUUAAGCGGACCCGGCAGUGGGUGGAGGGGCUCGAUGGGCAGGACACGAACUCUUGUAGUCUGCUUGCCUCUGUCUCUCAGCCUCAGCCAUGUUCCGGCAAUUUCUUCUUUUUCUCCAUUUCUUUGCAUCAAAGUGGACAGCCCCAAAGCAGAGAUGUGCGACGAUGCAGAUCAAACUCUUGGGAUUCCGGAGAGAGUGUUGGCACCGACCCACACCAACGAAAUACAAAAAAUUGCUUUGCGGCUGA